AAGCCCAGCUAAGCUUGAGCUAUUCUCAACAUUCUCUCUCUCUCUCUCUCGCUCUCUCUCCCCCUCUCUCUCUCUCUCUGUGCGAAAGCUCGGUUCCAUGACAAACGCCAUGGCAGAUGCUCUGAGUGAAGAACAGAUUGUUGAGUUUAAGGAAGCAUUUUGUCUGUUUGACAAGGAUGGAGAUGGUGGGCAUUUCUCUGUUCUGUUUAUCUUCAAUUUAUGCUUCUAUAGCCAUAUAAAGAUAUAUAUUUAUACAUAUAGAACAUGUUUUUUUGAUUGUGUAGGUUGCAUUACUGUUGAAGAAUUGGCGACCGUUAUCCGGUCGUUGGAUCAGAAUCCGACGGAGGAGGAGCUUCAGGACAUGAUAAACGAAGUUGAUGCUGAUGGGAACGGGACAAUAGAGUUUGCAGAGUUCUUAAACUUGAUGGCCAAGAAAAUGAAGGAAACUGAUGCUGAGGAGGAGCUUAAAGAGGCCUUCAAAGUGUUUGACAAGGACCAAAAUGGGUAUAUAUCAGCUAAUGAGUUGAGGCAUGUAAUGAUCAAUCUGGGGGAAAAAUUGACGGAUGAGGAAGUCGAGCAGAUGAUCAGGGAGGCUGAUCUGGACGGUGAUGGACAAGUCAACUACGAAGAAUUUGUCAAAAUGAUGAUGACCAUAGGAUGAAUAUGAUCGAAGACUUAUUCAAAUUCAUUUAGUUAUGAAGCCCCAAAAAGAAAUAAGUGUGAUUAUUUGACGUGCUGUUAUUGUAGCCGUUGAUGUCAAUGACCCAAGAAUUAGAAUGACUAGUCUUUACCCUCUCUGCCGUUGAUUUGUUUGAUUAAAAGUGUAUUCUUUCAUUCCUAGUUGAUUAUUGUUAUAUGCUUCAAAUAAGAAUUAAUGUGGCUCCAUUAU